AUGCGAUCUGCGAUACCAGACAGUUUACGCCAGCUCUCAGAAUCUGUUAAACGGAAAGACUACCGAGAUACCAUUGCUCAAUUGGCAGAUCAUCUCAACAACUUUACAGGAUACAAUGCGAUCAAUGAUCUGAAAGUCAAGGUUAUUACGCACGGCGAUAGCUUGGAUGAAGCGCGUAUCAAAUUAAUUGAAGCAAAGCAGGCAUAUGAGGACGCUAUCAGUCGACGUUCAGAUACCCAAAAGGCCAUUAAUGACCUGUUGCAACGCAAACAUCUCUGGUCACCGGACGAUGUCGUCCGAUUCACAGAUCUCUACCGCUCCGAACAUGCAAAUGAGCAAGCGGAACAAAAGGCCAGAAUAGAAUACAAACAAGCUGAAUCUGAUGUUGAAUCAAAAUCUAGGAUGCUGACAAGAGUCAUCAUGGAGAGAUAUCACGAAGAACAAGUUUGGAGUGACAAGAUUCGAGCUGCAAGUACCUAUGGAACUUGGGGUCUCGUGGGCGUGAACGUCAUGGCAUUUCUAAUCGUCCAAGCAUUCGUUGAACCACGACGUCGACGAAAACAGGUGGAGCGCUAUGAAGAACUUGUCCAGGAUCUG